GCCGCAGAUGAAGCCUUUCGGGCAGAGGAGAAGGCAGGAUGUUUGCCAGGGCAGUCUGGGCGGCUGUGCCCGACUUUGCAGCGUAAAAGCAGCGCGGCCCAGCCCGAUGUCUGUGCCUGUAGGAGAGAGACAACAGGAGCCGUGGCAUGCUCAGGAGGACAGCACCAUYCCUGCGUCACUUCUUGCUGGAGAGGAACAGCAGUGCUGGACAUAGCUCGUGCUCCAGAGAGGCAAAAAUGUCAAGGCCAGUGCAAGCUCGGAGGCUGGAGGGAAUAGAUAAAAAUAUCUGGGUGGAGUUUGUAAAACUGGCUACUACCUACUCCAAGGUGAACCUGGGCCAGGGCUUCCCUGACUUCCCUGCACCAGACUUCCUGACGGAGGCAUUGACGAGAGUCGUCRGCGGGGGGAACCACAUGCUGCACCAGUACACCCGUGCCUUUGGCCACCCACCUCUGGUGAAGGCCCUAGCCCAGCUUUUUGAGAAGUUGCUUGGACGAGAMCUGGAUCCUAUGACCAAUGUGAUGGUGACAGUGGGGGCAUACCAGGCCCUSUUCUGCUGCUUCCAGGCUUUAGUGGAUGAAGGUGAUGAGGUGAUAAUCAUUGAGCCCUUCUUCGACUGCUAUGAGCCAAUGGUGAAAAUGGCUGGUGGGACACCUGUGUUUGUUCCUCUGAGACCGAAUCCUCCAAAAGAUGGAAAAUUGAUGUCUAGUGCAGACUGGCAGCUGGACCCAACUGAACUAGCUUCUAAAUUCAGUGAACGGACAAAAGCCAUMGUCCUGAACUCACCCAACAACCCUCUGGGCAAGGUGUUCAGCCGUGAGGAGCUGGGGCUGAUUGCAGAGCUGUGUGUGAAGCACGACGUGCUGUGCAUCAGUGAUGAGGUGUAUGAGUGGCUGGUCUACGAUGGGAAGCAGCACAUCCGCAUCGCCAGCUUGCAAGGGAUGUGGGACCGCACGGUGAUCGUUGGGAGUGCUGGGAAGACCUUCAGUGCCACUGGAUGGAAGGUGGGCUGGGUAGUGGGACCCGACAGGCUGCUGCAGCACCUCCGUACCGUGCACCAGAACUCAGUGUACCACUGUGCCACAAUUGCCCAGGAGGCCGUGGCUCAGGGUUUCCAGAGGGAGCUCACACUCUACGGAAAACCRGAGAGCUACUUUGUCCAGUUGCCCAAAGAGCUGCAGCGGAAGAGAGACUGGCUGAUCCAGAGCCUGAAUGCUGUGGGGAUGAAACCCAUCAUCCCUGAGGGCACCUAUUUUCUGGUGGCAGACAUCUCCCCGUUCAAAUCGGAUGUUCCUGAUGUCCCCAACUCAGAUGAGCCCUAUGAYUACAGAUUUGUAAAGUGGAUGGUCAAGAACAAGGGACUUGCUGCCAUCCCACUCUCAGCUUUCUACAGCGAGGCCCACAAGAACAACUACACCAAUUUCAUCCGGUUCUGCUUUGCAAAGGAGGACACUACACUGAAAGCAGCAAAUGACAUAUUGCAAAAAUGGAAACAGGAGAAAACCAGCUCCCUCCGCUGCCCCGCGGGCCGCKCAAACGCCGACCACGUGACCCGCCAGGCUCCUCCCCGCCGUGGGCGGUGCCAGCGCCAUCCGACCAAUCAGCAGCGCGGGGGCGUGGCCGGGAGCGCGGGGAAGAUGGCGGACACCGAGAGCAGCGUGGGGAAGCGGCCCAAAGGAGCGCAGGUUGAGGACAGGAAGGUGGACUGGCGGCGCUGGAAACAGGAGAGGAAAGCAGAGAAGAAGAAAUGGAAGGAAAUGAAGCUGCUGAAGAAACUGGAGAAACAGCGGAUGCGGGAGCUGGAAGARCAACAACAAGCCCAGAAGCAGGAGGAACAGAAGGAGGACAGAGGUCGUCAGCACACGCUGAGCGUGGCCCUGCCCGGCUCCAUCCUGAACAAYGCGCAGUCGCUGGAGCUGCGCACGUACCUGGCGGGACAGAUCGCCCGCGCCUGCGCCAUCUUCUGCGUGGAUGAGAUCGUGGUGUUCGAUGAGCACGGGGAGGAUGUGAAGAGCGUGGAGGGGGUUUUUGAAGGAAUUGGGAGGAAAGGCAAGGCUUGUGUGCAGCUGGCUCGKAUCCUGCAGUACUUGGAGUGCCCUCAGUACUUGCGGAAAUCCUUUUUUCCAAAACAUGAGGAUCUGCAGUUUGCAGGGCUGCUCAAUCCCCUGGACAGCCCCCACCACAUGCGGAUSGAUGAGGCCUCAGAGUACCGGGAGGGCAUCGUACUGGACCGGCCCACGAAGCCAGGCAAAGGCUCUUUUGUUAACUGUGGGAUGAAGAAGGAGGUGCAGAUUGACAGACAGCUGAACCCUGGUCUGCGAGUCACCGUGCGCCUGGAAAAGCCCCAGAAUGCAGAAGCCAAAGUGUGGAAAGGCACYGUGGUGUCCUCACAGCACCCUCGGACAGUCUCAGGCUUGUACUGGGGUUACAGCGUGCGCCUGGCCUCCUGCUUGAGUGCUGUCUUUUCUGAAUGCCCAUUCAAGGAAGGCUACGAUCUCUCUAUUGGGACCUCGGAGAGGGGCAGCUCUGUGGACCAAGUCACUCUGCCUUCCUUCAGGCAUGCACUUGUCGUGUUUGGAGGCCUCGAGGGCUUGGAAGCUGGGAUUGAUGUGGACCCAAACCUGGAGGUCACCGACCCAAGUGUCUUGUUUGACUUCUACCUGAACACAUGUCCCAGCCAAGGCAGCAGAACCAUCCGGACGGAGGAAGCCCUGCUGAUCUCUCUGUCUGCACUGAGACCCCACAUUGACAAAGCUGUGAAGACACCCAGAGACAGCUGAUGGGAGAGAAACUGCCGACCUUGUCCUUGAGGAUGUGGUUCUUUAAACCUGGAAUGCUGGGCAAGUCACUCCAGGUGCCCAGCAGAACCAAGACAUGAUGUGACUGAAACUGGCAGCAUUGCCCAACCAGGCAUUCGCUGCUGCUGGGAGCAGCAGGUCUGUGCCCUCSUGCCUGUGUGGCCCAGCCAAGGGUUGGUUACUGCCUCUCAGCAGCUGGGACAAGCCUGGCAGCAGACUGAGUCUCAGCAACUUGGACAUCUGGGGUGGGAAUAAAGCAGUAUGGAACCUCAGUUGCUGUGAAAUCCAGGUGUGUCUUGGUGUAGGCAUACUCAGUGCCUCUGGAAUGAUAUGGCCUUCAGACGGAAACAAAGUCAGAACUU